AUGUCUAACUACAACGACAACACCACUAGCUCUUAUGGCGAUGAUAACCUCGGUUCCACUGGCCGUGGAGGAAAUAACACCUAUGGCUCUGGAAACAACACUGGUUCAAACACCAGAAACGAGACUUCCGGCGGCUAUGGCUCGUCCAACACUGGUUCUGACAGCUACGGCUCGAAGAACACCCGCGCUGGCGAAGAUACCUUAGGUUCAAACACUGGCUCAGAUAGCUAUGGCUCGAACACCCGCAACACUGGCAACGAUAGCUAUGGCUCUUCGAACACCCGCAACGCUGGCAACGAUAGCUAUGGCUCUUCNCUGGCAACGAUAGCUAUGGCUCUUCGAACACCCGCAACGCUGGCAACGAUAGCUAUGGCUCUUCCAACACCACUAGCUCAGAAACAUACGGCUCAAAGAACAGCCGUACCACUGGAGAUGAUAGCUAUGGCUCUUCCACCGGCAACACCACUGGCGGCUAUGGAUCCAACACCACCAGCUCCGACACAUAUGGCUCAAGUGACCGCAAGACGGGCGAACAGCCGUACCACUGGUGAUGAUAGCUAUGGCUCAUCCACCGGCAACACCACUGGCGGCUAUGGAUCCAACACCACCAGCUCCGACUCAUAUGGCUCAAGUGACCGCAAGACGGGCGGUGAUAGCUAUGGUUCAUCAAACACAGCCGGCGGCUACGGUGGAUCCAACACCAACACCAGCAGCUCCGACAGGUACGGCUCUUCUGACGACAACAACAAGACGGGGGGCGAUAGCACGAUCGGCAAGGUUUUCGAGAAGGCCGGUAACAUGCUGAAGAACGAGGGCUUGGUGGAGAAGGGCCAGAGCAAAAGGGCAGAGGCGGGCAACACCGACUUCUCCGGGAGUGGGAUUGGCGGAAACAACAACUACUAA